AUGGGAACCCACCCAAGGAAGAAGACUAAACUCAUUCUGUCGACAUCCAAUGUAGCGGGCGUUACCUCUCCUCAUCUGAGACGCCUAGGGACAGAUAAAUCUAAUGUAGAACUCGUCAAUUCUUUGAGCUCACAGUUCUCUGCCAACAAAAACGCCGAGAAUGUCGCUACAGAUGGGGAGCAUUUCAAAUGGUGUGACAGCCUCGGUGGUACAUCCUACGAGCACUGGACUUCACGUGAAGGGGACUAUCUUUACGUCCCUUCCAUUGAUUUUGCCCAAUCUGGCUUGACAGAAGAACGAUCUCAAUAUGAGAUCACGGCCAAACUUUUCUUCUUGCCUGGUUCUUCAUCAGGUGAGCGGCGAGUUCACGCGCAGGAGGCAGUGGAUCUUGUCCUCAAGGAGUUGCAUGUUUCGUCCAUCGAUCUCUUGAUAGUCUCAUUUCCGGGCAUUUCAUUUGAUCCAAACAGCCAUUGUGACGACCCGAACACUAGAGGCACCGGUAAUACGGGCGAAGGAGAAGAUUACGAUUCCAUUGCUAGGACGUGGAGCGCGAUCGAAAGCUUGCAUGAAAAGGGGCUUGCUUCACGCAUUGGAGUUGCAGAAUUUGGAAGUGAUCGCCUUGCGCAUUUUCUUCCCAAAGUCAACAUUUCUCCUGCGGUCGAUCAAAUAUUCAUCAAGGAGUAUUGUGCUGUUCCUGCACCCCUUAUGCAGUACACUAAGCAACACAACAUUGAGGUACUGACCCACGAAGACUGUACCAAUAUCUUGCCGGGGGGAACGACAAGAGAGCUCCUUGGUUCUGGAGAGAAAGGAGCUGGCCUCCUACUAGACCAAGAUGAGAGUGGAGAAGGCCUCAAAGGUGACAUCUUUCCCCAAUGGGUCAUCAAAUACACAGCGAUCGUCCAUGAUCGGGGUGUCGUGGAGAACAAAGGUUACUUUGCAAUGGCGGAACUCCACCCCCAGCCUGCUUGA